CCCACAUUGAAAGAGAGAAAGGAAAGCAGCAUUGAAGAAUAUUACUACAUGACGCGUAGCUGGUUGGUAUAAAUAGGAGGAGCCUUUCCGUUUCCACUUCUUAGGAAGAAUCAAAAAUCUUCUAAGUGUUCUUCCUCAUUCUCCAUAAGAUACUCCCUCUUUGUCAUCACUAAAUUCUCCUCAAAAGCAGACAAAAAAAUGAAAACUGAAAAGCUUAGGCUUAGUGCAAAAUUCCUUGAGAAAUCUAAACCCUACUUAGGCAUGACCCUAUUACAGUUUGGCUACGCUGGCAUGAACAUUAUUGCUAAGGUUUCCCUCGACCAAGGCAUGAGCCACUAUGUCCUCGUUGUUUAUCGCCACGCCAUUGCAACUACUGUCAUAGCUCCAUUUGCCUUUAUUUUUGAAAGGGAGGGUCAGCCAAAGAUAACAAUCCCAAUUUUUAUGCAAAUUUUCAUCCUAGCUCUCUUGGGGCCUGUGAUUGAUCAAAAUUUCUAUUAUGCUGGGUUGAAGCUCACAUCCCCAACCUUCGCAUGUGCAAUAAGCAACAUGCUUCCAGCCCUGACUUUUGUGAUGGCAACGUUAUGCGGGAUGGAGAAGAUAAACAUAAAGAAGGUGAGAGGCCGAGCAAAGGUAGUGGGAACAUUAUUGACAGUAAUAGGGGCAAUGCUGAUGACCUUAUACAAAGGGCCUGUUGUGGAGAUGUUAUGGCGACAAAUCAAACAUGGCAAUCCAGAUCCUCACAAUGAAACAAAUGCAACAACCACCACCACAGGAGGAUCUUCAAGUAAAGCUUGGUUCUUAGGCAGUAUCUUCCUUAUUGUUUCUAGCUUUGCCUGGGCUUCCCUUUUUAUUUUACAAACCAAAGCUCUUGAGACGUACAAGAAUCAUCAGCUAAGCCUCACUUCAAGUGUUUGCUUCAUAGGCACUCUUCAAGCUACUAUUGUUACUUUUGUUAUGGAGCAUGAUCCUUCUGUUUGGAGAAUUGGUUGGGAUAUGAACUUACUAGCUGCUGCAUAUGCUGGAAUUGUGAACUCAAGCAUAUCAUACUAUGUACAAGGGCUAGUGAUUAAGGAAAAAGGACCUGUCUUUGCAACUGCCUUCAGCCCUCUUAUGAUGGUUUUUGUUGCCAUCAUGGGAUUCUUUAUUCUUGCAGAAAAGCUAUAUCUUGGAGGUGUGAUCGGUGCCAUCUUGAUUGCUACAGGCUUAUACUCUGUCCUUUGGGGGAAACACAAAGAAGAAAUAGCAGAUGAUAUUCCCUUGGCUAUAAAGGGUGCUCAAGUGACUAGAAAUGCAGGACUAGUGAAUGAUACCACGGAUCAUUUCGCUGAAGUCAAAUCUGGCUAAAGAGGAGAAGCCAACAUCCAUACACAUUUUUUAAUGCAAACAACAUUAAGCUUCUACAAACCUUGCAGUGUCUAAAACACCAGGAGUGUCCCAUAAAGACAUCGAUGAAAUUGGUCAAAUCAAGAGUUUGAUUUCACCAGGAGUGGGGUAAGGUUGCAAAGCAAGAAAAAAGAAGGGUUGUGAAAAGGGAAAUUGAUUUUUUGAAUCUUGGGGUUUGUAAUUGUUAU